AUGUUUGAUAUGAUUCGAGAUAUCGUCUCGAUCCGAACACGAUUUAACACUAAAAUAAUACAUACAAACAAAAAAAUGUUUUUUAGCCAUUACGAUCCAGAUUCUGGUCGCAGCAUUUUAUGCCAACUUAGAUUAGAUGCUAGUUGUGCAACAGUCAGUUGGCAAAGAAUUUUCUAUGGCGGACGUGAUGGACGUGAGAGAGAAUUAAUUGCUGUGGCAAAAGCUGCCAACAUACAAAGUGCCGAUGCUGCCUCUGGGAAUAGAUUCCAAGGAGGGUCUUCGUUGACUCCACGCCCUCAGGGCGCAGGCCAUUUUACUCUGGAUGAAGGGUUUUUGAGUACUAGCUACAUUAAAGCGAUUGAGUCGGUUGAUUCGUAUGAGCUUGACAUUGAAGCAAUAUAUCGUCGACACAGUGUAGAGGAAAUGAGUGUUCCAGUUAUGUGUUGGACUAUAAAUUUUGGAUGUUCUUUAAAUGAUAACGAGUUUCUUUAUUUUCUGGCUCCUCAACAGAUAGCUCAAUAUUGGAUGGGGUUGGAGAAGGUUGUCAAAUUCAUCCAUGAGCAAAACAGAAAUCCUGACAGGCGUGUAAUAUGGCUCAAACGUCUCUAUCUUCAACUAUAUAGCGAACAGGAGAGAGAACAGUCCGGAUUAACAUCAAAAACCUCUAUAGCUUUUGGAGCUCCAACACCUUCACUCGCUUCAGUUCCUCCACUCAUCUCUUCGAGUAACAACAACAAUAACAGUCCCCUCUCCACAGAAUUUCCAACAAUAACAACACGCCGAAUUGGUCCAAGGCCCGUAGAUGCUCUCCAAGCAUUUGGAGGGCGAGUAGAAAAGUGGAAGAAUUUAAGUGUUAACCAAACAACCACAACUUUGUAUUCUCCCCAUGGUCGUCAAACCGAUUCUUCCCCGUCUACUGAAUGUGGUGGAAGUCGUUCAAAGAGUAGACUGCGCCAAAUGACUAUUGCUGUUACUAGGCGUGUAAAGGGAAGUAGCAGUAGAGAUUGCUCUAGAAGUACAAGUCCGGCACCUCAUUCUCCAAUGGUCCGUCCACCUUCUAUUCGAAGCCAACUGAGCAGCCAAAGUGGCCCUCCUGGCCCGCAUAGUCCAUUACCCUACCUCCUCAAACCACGUGUGGGCAUUGAAUCUGCUAGUGCUCUAUCGGAUGCUGGAGAUCUCGAUUCGUUGUAUACACCUCGUUCUCGAACCCCUACUUCAUCGUCUUAUGGAGGCCGUUCUGUUGGCGGCCGUUCGAUAAAGUCUUGGCGUUCACGUGGCGGCGAAACGCCAAAUUCCGGCUCAAUUUCAAGCAGUGGUGGAGGCGUUGGCGGUCAAAUGUCCGGAGCGUUACUCAGCAGUUCUGGAAAGGAGUAUCAGGAAAGGCCUAUAGCGUUUACGGAUUUGAGAGAUUUAUUUAAUGAAUUUGUCAUUGCAACACAUUCAAGUGCCAAUUCUCACGUGCCGAAACGGGCAAGUAGCGAUAAAGCAACUUGUAGUCCUCGAGUGCAAUCACGUCUUGAAUCUGUCAACAGCUGCCCUCCCAGUAAUGAAUUUGUACCAGACGAUGUACUCACCAGAAACACAGCUUACCACCUUUGCCAAUUAAAUGAUAAACAACAGAAAAUAUAUAAUGCUUUAGCAUUAGCUUGUGUUUCCUCUUCAGGACCCAUGGACACCUCAAGGAAUGCUUUUUUAACUCCGGCUUCCUUGAAACACUUUAUAUGUACACAGCAAAUGGAGUAUAUUGACGAGCAAUAUGCUGCUAGACUGAUUCAAGAGCAUGAACCCGAUCCUAGCUAUCGUGCCAAGCAGUUGAUGUCCUUUGAGGGAUUUGUGCGGUUCCUUUCUGACUCAACCAACUUUGCCUUUGUCCCAGAACAGAUUCAACCUUCCGAAGAACAAUUACAGUAUCCACUCAGUUAUUAUUACAUUUGUUCGAGUCAUAAUACUUAUUUGACUGGACAUCAAUUGAAAGGGGAAUCUUCGGCAGAAAUGUACAGACAGGUCCUUCAAACUGGCUGUCGCUGUGUAGAACUUGACUGUUGGGAUGGAGACGAUGGCUUGCCUUUGAUCUAUCAUGGGCACACCUUAACUACAAAAAUAAGCUUUCGCUUAGUUGUAAAUAUAAUCAAAAAGAGCGCAUUCCAGCAAAGCCAAUUACCAGUUAUUUUGAGCAUUGAAAAUCACUGCUCUUUGCAACAACAGGCAAAGAUGGCACAGAUGUUUAAAAGUGCUUUUGGAGAUCGUCUAGUUACGUCUUAUUUGUUUGAUACUGAUUAUAUGGAAAGCCCUAGAUUGCCGUAA